UAAGUACACACAGACCCAGACACACACACACGCACACAUCCAUAGGUAUAUACCUACAUAUACACAUUAUAUGUGGUCGGUAUCCACGCAUAUAUUGAACCCUCCACGUAUCCGCCCAGCCUGUUUCUUUUUCUUUUCUUUUUUCUUCUUUUUUUUUCCUUCUCGUUCUUUUUUUUUUUUUUCCCUUGCCGCCACGCGUUGCUUGCCACACCCCGCGCCUGCUUAGCGACGAGAAACAAAUUUUCCCUUUGACACACACACCCCCCAAACGGCCAACCCGUCGCCUUCUCCCGCUCCAAUUCACCUCCCGCUCUUUUUAUUUUAUUUUAUAUUUUGUUUUAUUCCGCGUAUCGCUCUCUUAUCGCUAUUAGUCCGGCCGCCACCCCUCUCUCGCUCCCCUCCUCCCCUCCCUCCCUCUUCAAUUGCAUUGCUCACUUCCGUGAUCGGUCUCAGACCUGACCUUGACGCAGACCGCACCACACAGCUUCAGCCAACUCUUCCCACCCCCCGUCCCCCCCCAGCCUCGGCUAGUACGGCGGUAUAUACGGAACUCUAGGGAUAGAUAGCCAGGGAAUUGCCUCGUCCCGCGGCCUUGCCACUCCCCCUCGAUAUCAUUUGCCAAUUGCGCGCGUUGCAUGGAUGGCCACACGGUUACCGGCGCCGUUUCGGCCCCGUCCACAAGCCCUACCAGCCCUGUGAGCUUACAUCGCCAUGGCUCCAUGAAGCGGAAGCGCAGCACCGGUGGUGGAGGAGGCGACAGCAGCCCCGGCAGCGUUAUCGGCGAUGAGGACCAGUCGCUCGCAGAACCCGAGAAGAAGAGGCAACCCGGCGUCAAGCGAGCGUGUAAUGAGUGCAGGCAGCAGAAGCUCAGGUGCGAUGUCGUGCAAGAUCCGUUCCAGAGUUGCUCGAGGUGUAAUCGUCUGAAGUUGGAAUGCAAGAUCGAGUCCAACUUCAAGCGCAUCGGCAAGAGGUCCAAGCAUGCCGAGAUGGAAAAGGAGAUCGACCGACUGCGGCGCAAGAUAGCACAAGCGAAAUCUCAGGGUUUUGUGGUGGAGGACGACGAAGACCUGCAAUCCCAAUUGCAAUCCCCCGUCGCAAACAGUGCGUAUUCGCAUACCCGAAACCCAUCGCUCAUGGGCUCCGAUGAGGCUGUCACCUCCCUUCUUACUCUCAAGCGGGGCGGCUCGUAUAGCCUGGCCGCAACCCAUUAUGCCUACGAGCUUGAGACAGUGAGGCUGACCGAGCAGGACGUCCACGGUCUAUUCCAGGAAUUCUUCACCUGCUACCACCCUUUCCUCCCCUUCCUCAACGAGCAUCAGUCCCCUGACCUUUACUACCAACAACACGCCCUGCUGUUCUGGACCAUCAUCGCUAUCGCCUGCCGCCGCUACCAUCCCAAGCCCGGUAUCCUGCACGAGCUGUCGAGCGGCCCCCUGAAUCGGCUGUUAUGGAGCACCGUAGGCGACGUACCGAACAGUUACUUCGUCGUCAAGGCGCUCUGUCUGCUCUGCACCUGGCCGCUGCCCACGAGCACGACGACGGCCGAUCCCACCCACAUACUAGGCGGCGUCAUGAUGAAAGCUGCUACCGGUAUCGGCCUACAUCGGCCGAAUCAUACCCAGGAUUUCUCCCGCGUCUCCGUCGAACUCAACAAGGACCAGCUCCAUGAUAGGGUCACCACGUGGGCUGUGUGCAACAUUGUCGCCCAAUCGAUAGGCACCGGCUACGGCCAGCCUGCGACGACGCUCUACGAUUGGACGCUGGCUAUCCGGCCAGGCGAAGACGGCCCUUUCACCCUGUCGCCCGAACUGGAGGCGAGGCUGAGGAUAGAGCGAUUUUGUGACAAAGUCUCCAAAGAAAUGUACAGUAAUGCGAGCGACCCCAGAGGCGUGGCUGGAGACGAGCACAGGGCGAUGCUGAUGCGGGUGUAUCGUCGGGACUUUCAGGAACUACAAGCGUCAAUCCUAUCCCAGCAUCUCUCGCCCAUUGUGGAGAUCCACUUGACUGCUGCUAAUGUGCAUCUUCGUCUCGCUGGCUUCUUCGACUCGAGCAGCACGCCCGGCUACAUGGACGACCUGAUGGGCCUGUGGCGGGCCAUCACCUCCUUCCUAGAUCUCCUGUUCUUGGAUUCGAACCAGCACAUCUUACUGUACGCCACUAACUACAUCCAGCAGAUGCUCGUCGCCGCCGGGUUUGCUCUGUUAAAGUUGAUGAGAUCCUUCUUCGCGAGGACGAUAGAUUUCGAUAGGGGGCGGACCCUCUUCCACAAGACGAUCAAUGCGAUCCGUUCGACUAGCGUCUUAGAUAACGAUCUGCAAUGGCGCCUGGCGGAGCUCAUGGUUCAGAUGUGGAACGGCGCGCGACUCGACAGCAGCAGCAACACCUCGCUACACGAAGACGAUGCGGCGGUUAUCGACGAUAGUCUUCAGCUUAAGGUGCGAUGCAGGCAUAGUAUGAGCCUCGUUUUCGACUCCAUCUGGCGCUGGAGGGAGGAGUACCAGGCUCAAGGACGUGGCACGCUCGACGCCCUCAAACAUCCAACUAACCCAGACUCAGCUAACGAGUCUUCAGCGUCUUCGACCCAUAUGGACAGCACGCUCCUGCCGCACAAUAGUAUCGCAAACCUGACGUCCAUCACGGCGACUAACGGCGCGAUAACCCCGACGGCUCCCCACGGCCUGAACACGGGCGCAAAUAGUAUGAUCGGAAUAGGCUACGGCAGCGACGCGAACUACGAUUUCUUCGACCCUCAACACUGGAUGCUCGACGGCUUAUUGGAUUUCAACUAUACGUUUGCCCAACCCCUGGAAGGCAUGUAGGAGGCUCGGCUCUCGUAUUCCGGCGACGCUUAUAGCGAGCUGAGGGACGAGCGCGCCCUCGGCGUCAUCGUUCGAGGGCACGAAGAGUACGAGGCGGAACGAAGCAGGUAUCAGAAUAUAGCCCUUGUAGAGGCAGGCGUGAGCGGAGAUUGUUCAUUUCGUCGGCCACCUGGAGUGGGUUCUAUUUACGUUCAAUCUUGGGGGGUAUCCCCAGCACGGGCAUAUUCACGAAUGAGGAGAUACGACUGGGAAGAAAUGGCUUAAUACCCCUCCGCAUCAUACGUGAUACCGAUAAAAAGGGGCACCUACAGAAGGUGCCUCGGGGGGUCUUGACUGAGGGACGCUUAUAUAUGAUGUAUCGAUAAAUGGUGCACUCCGAAAUAUGCCCAGUGAUCGUGUAGUUAGAAUCGAUUCGGGACAUGGUACGGGAUUAAAAUUGUUGAUUUGCAUUGCUUCCAA